GCCCUUGACGAGAACACCCACCUGGUCUGCUCAACCUGCGGUUCCCAACAUACAGAAACAGAUGCCACUCAACUCGGCGACUGCAAGAUCUGUUCUGAUCCACGACAAUACCUACCUCCCGACGGCCAGAAAUGGACUUCUCUCCAGCAAUUGCACGAAGAGGAAUACGAGAACGAGUUUACACCCCUUCUCCCUCCCGGAUCGGAUGAAAUCCUCUUAGAGGAUGCCUCCAUGAUCUCAAUUACGACCACCCCCCACUUUGCCAUUAGCCAACGGGCAAUCCUCCUCCGCACGCCCCAUGGCAAUGUCCUCUGGGAUUGUCUAUCCCACCUUGACGUCUCGACCAUAACCCAAAUCACCGCUCUGGGGGGCAUUAGGGCGAUAUGCAUCUCGCACCCACAUUUCUAUGGCUCAUGUGUGGAGUGGGCGAAAGCCUUUGAAUGUCCAGUCGUGGUGGCGGCCGAGGACGCAGAGUGGUUGCAGAGACCAGAUAAAGCGAUUCAACCCCUACCUGAAGGACAGGCCGAACAAGAAAUUCUCCCCGGGGUCCGAUUCAUCAAAGUCGGCGGGCACUUUCCCGGUUCCGCAAUCCUCCACCUCGCACCCGACCUCUUCCAUGAGGGUUCGCCAUCGAGUAUUCUCGUCGCAGACUCAAUCGGCAUAGUCCCAAACUUAACUCACCCUUUCACCUUCCUCUGGUCCUAUCCCAAUAUGAUCCCCCUUCACCCUGAUCAGGUUCACAAGAUCUGGAUGGCGGUUGCGGGGUUGGAGUUCGAGAAUGUGCAUGGCGGGUGG